UCACUUCACUCGCAGACCUUUUUCGACGGGCUCGUUGGCCAUCCGGAAUGUUUUACAUACAUGGCCAUGUUGCCUUUCGCCACCGUCAACGAACUAGACGAUUGGGCGGAAAAACAAAUUCGCCAGGACCGAUCGCGCGCGCUGUACGCCAUGCUGGACAAGACGCGUUCAAACCGCGUCGCCGGCAUCAUCGGCAUCCUCAAUACCGUUCCAGAGAACCUGUCCACCGAAAUAGGCCUGCUCUUCACGCUACCCGCCUUCCAGCGCACGCAUGUCACGCGCACGGCCGUCGGCCUCCUCAUGCGCUUCUGCUUCGACGAGCUGCGUCUGCGUCGUGUGCAGUGGCGCGCAGACCCCGCAAAUGCGGCGUCCAUACGUGUCGCAGAGUAUAUGGGCUUUCAGAGGGAGGGCAUCCGGCGGUGGGAUUAUGUCGCAUCGUCUGGUGUGCCUGGACAUGCUGCGAGGAAAAUUGACCCUAUGCCAGACUGUAAUGGAUUGCAUGUGCUCUAUUUUGCCAUAUGCUGGGAUGACUGGGAAGGAGAGUGGGGCAAAAAGGUCGGAGGAAUGCUGGAGAGUAGCCAGCGAGGGUAA